GUUGGUGGAUAUGCCGGUCGGGUCCCGCCUCGUCUCUCUCAUGGUUGGGCAGAAGAGGAAAGAAGAGGAAUCCCAUUGGGCGACGGUUGUUGCUAUGGCAAUAAUCGACUGGGUGGAAGUAGGUGCUGAUGCAGGUCUUUACAGCUGCUUGGAUAAUGAUGGAGAUGUGGCAGCUGAACUUUUCCCUUGUCUUGAACACAGCAUUAUGGACAGUAAUGGUAUCCCUUCUGCGCAGUUCGGUGAUGGGUUUGAUCUGGACAUGGAAACUAUGCCUCCAGACCCACCUUGGGAUCCUUUGCAAGAAUCUCUAUUCCCAGAGUUGCAAGUCAAGUCUGAGCCCGUCUCCCCUGCCUCAUCUCAUUGCUCCGAUUCAUCUGUGGCCUCCUCCGAUUCUUCUGCGGCAGGCUCCUCUUCGGCCGAACUCUCAGAGCAGGUCACUGGACCAGAUGAUGUGAUUGGAGUAAAAACAGAGCAUCCUCCAACCCCUCCGUGCAUGUUUGGAGAUGUCCUUUUACCUCCCUUUGGAACUGUACACAUAAACGUGGUCCCGGCUUCCGAGACAGGUAUGCUGGGGAGAAUUGUGUAGCAGCAAGCAUUUAUUUCUUGCUUCUGCGCUGAAUUUAGUAACCAUAGAUAGACUUCAAAGCUUGCAUUGGUGCUCAUAAUCAAUGAAGAAGACACAAAUUCUGGUGCUGUAGUGUCCUGUGCAUAAAAAAAAAAAAUCUUCCUGAA